GACUUAAAAUCAAAAAUUAAAAUUAAUUUUCGCAGCUUCUGCUACCGCCACUGCUGCUUCUGCUUCUUCAUCUACUUGGGUUUCAAUUAAAAAAACAUAUUCAGAGAUCAUGAAAUGAAAGCAAAGCAGUGAAGAAGAUGAGAGAAUUAUCAUCAUCAUCUUCAUCAUCAUUAUCGUCCCCUAUAGCUGCAGUAGAACCAAGACACCGACUCUCUUCUUCACUAGAGGAGACUAAUAAUAAUAGUAAUGGCAGUAACAGUAAUAGAAGGAAGUUGUUGUUAAGGGAGAAGGGUUUCAGAGAUGUUGAAAAGGCAAUUUCAGGUUCUUUCCAGUACAGGAAUUUCAACUGCAAGAUUUAUAAGCUGAAAUUUCUUGUGCUUCUGGUAAUUGCUUUCGGAACUUUGUUCACUUUCUUUCACUCUCCAGCUGUUUACAUUGCAGAUCACCGUUCCGCGUCUCGGUCUACUAGAUCGAGUUACCUGUGGAUAAAAGAGGAUGCUUAUGAUACUCGUUAUGUCUCAACUGCGGAUGUCGACUGGGAUCAGAUUACUGAUAUUAUAGAUAUGCUUAAUGAUACUAGUGAUUAUCAGGGCAUUGCAUUGUUGAACUUUAAUGACAGUGAGAUUGGUAGUUGGAAUCAGCUGUUACCUGAUAUUGAGCAUGUUGUUCUACACCUUGACCCUGUUGGAAUGGAUGUUACAUGGGAAUCUCUGUAUCCAGAAUGGAUAGAUGAAGAAGAGGAUUUUGAGGUUCCUACUUGUCCUUUGCUGCCUAAGCUUAAAGUUCCUGGGAAACCUCGUAUUGAUGUUAUUGCCGUUAAGCUUCCAUGUGAUAAGGCGGGAAGAUGGUCGAGGGAUGUGGCUCGUCUGCAUCUGCAGCUUGCAGCAGCAAGUCUUGCUGGUUCUGGUAAAAGUUAUCAUCCGGUUCGUGUACUUCUGGUUAGCGACUGCUUCCCAACUCCAAAUCUGUUUACUUGCAAGGAACUCGUUUUGCAUGAAGGGAAUUUAUGGCUGUACGAACCCAAACUCAAUAGGUUGCGAGAAUUGGCACAGCUCCCUGUAGGAUCCUGUGAACUUGCAGUUCCUCUCAAGGCUAAAGAUAACUUUUACUCAGGAAGAGCAAGCAGAGAAGCAUAUGCAACAGUCCUGCAUUCUGCACACCUCUAUGUUUGUGGGGCAAUUACUGCUGCUCAGAGUAUCCGCAUGACUGGUUCAACGCGGGAUCUUGUGAUACUGGUAGAUGAAACCAUUAGCGAGUAUCAUAGAGGGGGAUUGGAGGCUGCAGGGUGGAAGCUUCAUACAAUCCAAAGAAUCAGAAACCCCAAAGCUGAACGAGAUGCCUACAAUGAGUGGAACUAUAGCAAAUUCCGUCUAUGGCAGUUAACAGAUUAUGACAAGAUUAUUUUCAUUGAUGCUGACCUGCUAAUACUGAGAAAUAUUGAUUUCUUGUUUGAGAUGCCUGAAAUAACUGCUAUAGGAAAUAAUGCCACACUCUUCAAUUCAGGAAUCAUGGUAAUCGAACCAUCAAAUUGUACAUUCCGGUUGCUUAUGGAUCACAUCAAUGAGAUAGAGUCAUACAAUGGAGGAGACCAAGGUUACCUAAACGAAAUUUUCACAUGGUGGCACCGGAUUCCAAAACACAUGAACUUCUUGAAACAUUACUGGGAGGGAGACGAGGAAGAGAAGAAACAAAAGAAAACUCGUCUUUUUGGAGCCGAUCCUCCAAUCCUAUAUGUGAUCCACUAUCUGGGCACUAAACCAUGGUUAUGCUUCCGAGAUUACGACUGCAACUGGAAUGUGGACAUUUUGCAGGAGUUUGCCAGUGAUGUAGCUCACAAAACAUGGUGGAAGGUGCACGACGCUAUGCCCGAAAACUUGCAUAAGUACUGUUUGCUUAGGUCGAAGCAGAAGGCUGCAUUGGAAUGGGAUAGAAGGGAAGCUGAGAAAGGUAAUUACACAAAUGGACAUUGGAAAAUAAAGAUUCAAGACAAACGGUUAGAAACUUGCUUUGAAGAUUUCUGCUUCUGGGAAAGUAUGUUGUGGCAUUGGGGUGACAAGAACUGGACAGAUAAUGCUACUGUUACACUAUCACCUCCUGAUCAACUUGCCACUGUAUCUCUCUCAGCUUUAUAGUCCUUUUAUUCUUUCAUACCUUAAAUUUUACAUGUAGAUGAUAAACAUGAUGCAACAUAUUGAGACUUGGGUUUAGUUUUUUGUUGGGAAAUUGUAUUAACACAUAGAAGGUCGGAUCAAUUAAAGUUGGCUAGCUAUUGUUUUUGAAAUGAAAAAUGAUCAGUACUAUUCUUACUGCUCC